AUGGCUUCCUUCCUAGAAAACGCGCGACCGGACCAUUUGUUGUGUCGCCCGCCGCGUUGUCGGCACAUUGUUGAACUGAGUGGGUUCCUUGGCACCAAAAUUCACGGACUGAGCACUGAUGUUCAAUGCGAGACUCUCAGUCAGCACAGAUCCAUCACAAUGACACAGUUCCUGACAUAGCGUCAUAUCAUGGCACACUGUCUCUAUAUAAGGGGGUAAUUCCCCUGGGAGGAUUAGAGAGGACAAUUUUCAGUUCCAACAAGAAAGGGACAUUCUGAGGCACCCUAACCCACUAUCUUGAUGCAUUUGUGUGGUCACUCUGGAAUCGUGACUCCAAUUCAAGCUUCGUUUCAUAC